UAAAUAUCAGGGCCUGGUGAGAUCAUGGAAAGUCCACCAUGCAUUUUCCCAUUCAUCUAUCAGGGAAAGCUCUACAGAAAUUGUACUGCAGAUGGGCGGAACGAUGGAAAGUUCUGGUGUGCCAUGACCCAGAAUUAUGAUGUUGAUAAGAAACUGAAGCUCUGCCAAGAUUUAGGGCCAGAUCCAAUGAUAGAAAGCCCAUCAUGUGUCUUCCCAUUCAUCUUCAAGGAAAGGUUCUACAGUACAUGCACUAACGAAGGCAUGAAAGACGGGGAAUUCUGGUGUGCCACCACCACCAACUAUGAUGUAGAUAAAAAAUGGAUCUAUUGCAAUGAUACAGGGCCUGAUGAGAAUGUGGAAAGUCUACCUUGUGUCUUUCCAUUUGUCUUCAAGAACCAGGUUUACAUCAGCUGUACCACAAAUGGCCGGAGUGAUGGAAGAUUCUGGUGUGCCACCAGCAGUAACUAUGAUAUUGACAAGAUAUGGAGGUUCUGUCCAGAGGAAACAGGGCCAGAUCCAAAUGUUGAAGAUCCAACGUGUAUCUUCCCAUUCAUCUACAAAGAUAAAUUAUAUACAGCAUGUACUGCAGAUGGGAUGAAUGAUGGAAGAUGUUGGUGUGCAACCACUAGCAACUAUGAUGUAGAUAAGAAAUGGACAUACUGUAAUAUCACAGAGCCAGAUCCAAAAAUAGAGGGUCCAACUUGUGUUUUCCCAUUUAUUUACAAUGGCAACUCCUAUAGCACAUGCACCAGCGAUGGCAUGAGCGAUGCGAAGAAGUGGUGUGCCACUACUAGCAACUAUGAUGUGGACAAAAAAUGGGUGUGCUGCAAUGACACAGGGCCAGACACUCCCAAAUGUGUCUUUCCAUUCACCUACAAUGGCAAGAACUAUAACAGCUGUACAACAGAUGGACAGAAAGAUGGGAAACUCUGGUGUGCAAUCACCAAUAACUAUGACGUAGAUAAGAGACUGACUUUUUGUACCAUCACAAAAACAGGGUGUGUCUUUCCUUUCAUAUAUAAAGGAAAAUCAUAUGAAAGCUGUACCGCCCUGGAUCGCAAUGAAGGAAAAGCUUGGUGUGCCACCACUCCAGACUACAAAAGUGAUUUGACAUGGAGAUUAUGCAAUGAAACAGACUGUGUCUUUCCCUUCAUCUUUCGUGGCCAGUCAUUUGACAGCUGCACCAGUGAUGGGCGUGCUGAUAACAAACGGUGGUGUUCCCUUACCAGCGAUGCUGAUGCCAAUCAUAGUUGGCUUCUGUGCUGACUUGGGCUGAAGAAUUUCAGGUGGGGAUGGACAAGGGUGGAAGCAAAGUUACCUUCAGAUGGUCAGUUUCUAAGAUUACCCAUUCAUUGCUCUUCUGUUGUCAACUGACUUCCUACCUGCUGGAGAUGUUGCACUUUUUAUCUGUGAACAUCCUGCUAUGCUAUUGGGUUUGAUAUACCUCUGUAGUGGGAAAUAAAGGUACCA